AUGGACGACAUUGAAUACAAACUGCGGUUCCUUCUUAACUCGAUGACUCUUUUGGUCGAUGACAUAAAAGUGGCAGACAGCUCGCAAAUGGGCCAUCUGCAGUUUUUGAAGAAGUACAAAAACCAGAAGAUGAUACACGCCUUCAUAAAGCCACAAGGAAGCAGCCAAGGCGCACACGAGCCCACUAUUACGCCCUUAAUAGGGGUUCCCAUUGACCCUGAGCAAAUCAAGCACAAAAUGAUGUACUGCCAGAUCGCCGUGGGAUCGUCUCUAUUUACGUCGGAGGAGUACGCGCUAAACUGCAAAACCCCGCACGGGUACGACUCCUUCAUUAUUGGCAACGCGUCAGAGGCAAUUGAGUCCGUCAUUGGCCUGUACAAAAAGUCGAAAAAUCUUGCCUCCUACAGCUACGUGGUUCCAGACAGCAGCAGAGUCCUGGUUUUGGCAGAGGUUGACUUUACGUACGACAGAAAGCUGGAGGAGAAAAGCAAAAACAACGACAAGUGCGAAUACUGCUGUGAAAGCAUGGCAACCUCAUUUUGUCUGGCAGAAAGGGCUGCGUUCUGCGACAAGUGCGACAGCUACUUCCACAGCAACGAAUUCACGCAGAGGCACUCGCGGUACUACUUCAACAAAGUUGGGAAGAAGCGGUUCCUCCACUGCAGGAGCCAUCCAACAGUCGUAGUCGACUACUUCUGCACAGAAUGCAGUGUGCCUGUCUGCACUCAGUGCCGGAUCGGGGGGUCUGCUCCAGACGUAAACAUGCAUCAGGGACACCGCAUGGUCUCGUACAUUGAUGCAUGCGACAACCUGAGCGAAAGAAUCAGCGAGAGCCAUGAGAUGGACCUGGCCAAGAGGCAAGCAAACGGCGCCAUUUCGGGGGUGGAGAAGGAGAUAGAGGAGUUUGAGAAGGAGGUGGAGACCGUCCGGGCUAAGCUGCAGUACGAGUACGACACCUCCAUGGGCGUGCUAAACGACCUUGUGAAGAGAAGGUACCAGAAGAUAAAUGCAAAGUACUUUGAAGGAAAGUAUCUGCUGGAGAUGGCUACACGCGCACAGAAUUACCCUAGAGAGGUCGACCCUAGCGUGCUUGUUGAAAAGUGGAGGGCCAUCGAGGAGAUGAACAGAAGCAUCGCAGACGUCGUGCUGGAGGACAGUGUAGGAGGCCCGCAGCUAAUUGUAAAGGGGUCGCUAACAGUGGAGCUGGCAGCAGGGCCGGAGUCGUCCCCCGCAAACGUCGACACCUCCCAGGAGGACGACUUUAUUCGCAGAAGAACAGAAAUGCUGCUUAGAGUCUCCCAGUUUAAGUAG